CCAAAAAUCAAUUCAAAGAAGAAAAAAGAAUACACAACAUGGCCCAUUUCUCAUCUCCUCUCAUCUCUUAUGUCUUUGUGAUCAUCGCAGUUUGCUUCUUUGUCCAACUCUCCUUCGGAGAGGUAACCAGUAGCGUUGUUUCAACUAGUCUUGGUCAUGCCCGGAAUGGUGGAGAAGGUUCACUCAGGCCUCAAGAGUGUGCAAGCGCAUGUGAACAGAGGUGUUCUGCGACGUCACACAAGAAUCCAUGCCUGCUCUACUGUAACAAGUGCUGCAACAAAUGCAUGUGUGUUCCAUCAGGCACAUAUGGUCAUAAAGAAGAAUGCCCUUGCUACAACAACUGGAAAACACAGGAAGGCAAACCCAAGUGUCCUUAAUAAAUAUUAUUCCUGAAAGCAAAAGCCAAUCUACCAUUUUUCCCAGUUUAUAUUUACAUGAACGAAAGCACAUUAAAAUUUAUCAUGCCCAUAAAAUCAUGA